AUGCUUAGCGACAACAACCACAGUCGGGUUGCGAAAGGCAUUCGACAAUGCGCCGCUAUACCAGAAGGUCCGACAGAGCGUCGUGCCAUGUGGCUGGCUAGUGGUUCUCCCAUAACUAGGAGUGUCAUCCAACUGCUAGUAUGGGAGUGGGCAUCCCUUUGGCUAAUGUUCCUGAUGCUUGGUGGAACGCUGAUGUACAAUGGAUUUUUCACGAAUGAAAGAACCAUCGACAGCUAUCCACGGCUGGCCGUCACUCUUAUCUACGCAGUCGCCUACCUGGUUCACUUCCUUUAUAUUUGGUACAUCUGCUUAAGCUUCCUCUCCAAAGCAGCGGCCGGCGCCUCUUGGAGUCUGCUGGAGAGAGCAAACUUUGCUGUUAUCGACAGCCGAAAGCUUGAUCAGUCAUCGGACACAACAAUCGAGCUCAAGGGUAUCGACAAAGCUAGCGCUGAAUAUGUGCCGAUCAACAUUCGCGCAGUUCUUCACCACAGAAAGCACGAGCUAGGGCUUGGCGAUGACUCUAUCCCCAAACUCCAUUCAAAAGAGGGCAGGGAUGAAGACAAGCAGGAGGAAGAAGACUUCAAAGAAGUUUCUAUGGCACUCAGAACUAUUUCGGCAGCUCAAGAGAAUGAAAGAGCCACGACUAAAGAUUCCGCAAGCAACGCCCACGACCGAAUCGUUUCCAACGGUUUACUACUUAUGGGUAUCACAGUGGCCUCGGCCUUUUCAUCUUGGACAUCUGUUCAAACAACGGAAAAUACACCAAAUAAUUUCAACACCAGUGCAAUUGGAUCUAUGGCACUCCUUACCUCUCUUUCGCUAGGCGUGGCGGCUUUGCUUAGUUCCGCCUUACACCUCAGUAUUAUGGACUCCUCAUUUUGGACGAUCCUAUCGUUAAAAGAGAUAAAGAUCAACGGACAGGCACUUGACCACUACAAGAAGAGGAGGCGAAGGCAAAAAGACCAAGCUAAUUCACUGUCUUUCGCGGAAGGAACGAUACCAAUAUCCCGCAUUAGGUUCUUCGACAUCGUCACGAGCCAUGGUGUCAAAAACCUCUUUGAGCUUUUGCUUUUCGGGCCUGCAUACAUUCUGUUACCAAGGAAAGAAGAUCAUGGAAGGACAUCCGCGGAGACUGGGAUUGAUUUCCGGGUUCAAGUCCGCGAUAUGACCGCUCUUUUAACAACUCGAGCGACGAAUGCCCAUAUGAAGACCAAGUAUGGUGAGAAUGUGGAAGCAAUUAAUGUAUGCUAUAUUGAUACGGAGAAGAAGGUGCGUAUUGUCAUCCACUCAAGGAGUCUGUUUUCUGUCGCUGACGUCACAAUGGAUUUAAUUAUGAUAGUUAUUGACUCAGACUUCGGACAGCGACUGAUUAGGGAGCCAUACAAACAGGGCUAUAUUAUCAAUGAGUGUUAUCAAGUAGUGUAA